ACCACCCCCGACGGCUCGACCCUACGACCGUGGCCGCACUCCGCACCGAGGCCCCGCCCUCCGCCGCCCCUUCCCCAAGCACCCCAGUCGAUCGGCGACCGUCGCUUCCGUCCCCCCGGCUACGAUCGCCGCCGCUCGACGACCACCACCGAACUCCGGCAACCUGCUCCGGCAUCCCUUUGGCAAAUGCGGUGAUGGACCAAUCAAAGGAUCCUUUCAACCCAUCAGGGAUUGCAGUCCCCUCUUCAGUCAAGAUGCAGCAGCUGGCUGGAAACAACAAUCCGUGGAUAGUCCCUCCGCCACAACCAAUGAAUGCACGCAAUGGGCUGGGCAAUGCCGGCCUCUUCUCCACCUCUUUGCCUGUCCUUCCUCAUGAAAAAAUCAACUUUCUUGAUUCAGCAAAUGGCACCCGAUUGAUGGAUGGCGCAUCUGUAAAACUGAAAGAGCUUGAUGUUGAUGAUGAUCCUGACGGGAAGGAGUACAAAUUUGAUUUUGAUCUCCGUCAAAUCGAUGACUUAUUGCCUGAUGAAGAUGAGCUUUUUGUUGGGAUCGGGAUCACAAAUGAGACUGACCCGGCUGGGCAGACAAAUUCUAUGGAAGAACUGGAGGAAUUUGAUGUAUUUGGCAGUGGAGGGGGCAUGGAGCUGGACUUGGACCCAGUGGAGAGCAUCACAGCUGGUUUGGGGAAUACAAGUAUAGCUGAUGGGCUUAGAGGCAAUGGGGUCAACCAUUUUGGUCAGUCAAAUAGUGCCGGCACUGUGGCUGGGGAGCAUCCAUAUGGGGAGCACCCUUCUAGAACAUUGUUUGUGAGGAACAUCAAUAGCAAUGUUGAUGACUCAGAAUUGCGCUCACUUUUUGAGCAAUAUGGGGACAUCCGAACACUCUAUACUGCAACUAAACAUAGAGGUUUUGUGAUGAUAUCUUAUUUUGAUAUCCGAGCUGCACGUGGUGCAAUGCGUGGAUUGCAGAACAAGCCUCUGAGGAGGAGAAAGCUAGACAUUCAUUUCUCCAUCCCGAAGGAGAACCCAUCAGAUAAAGAUCUGAACCAGGGAACUCUUGUUAUUUUCAACUUGGAUCCCUCGGUUUCCAAUGAAGAAGUUCGCCAGAUUUUUGGAACUUAUGGGGAAGUAAAGGAGAUAAGAGAAACACCAAAUAAGAAGCAUCAUAAGUUUAUUGAGUUUUAUGAUGUAAGAGCAGCAGAAGCUGCUCUUCGGUCACUGAAUAAAAGCGAGAUAGCUGGAAAACGCAUCAAGUUGGAACCAAGCCGUCCUGGUGGAACACGCAGAAACUUGAUGCAGCAGCUUGGUCAUGAUAUAGACCAGGAUGAACCAAGAAGCUACAGGCUUCCUCAUGUUGGUUCACCUAUUGCUAGCUCUCCCCCAGGUGCAUGGGCUCAAUACGGUAGUCCAACAGACAACAAUUUGUUGCAAACAUUUAACGCAUCACCAACUGGAAAUGGUAUGAGUCCUAUUGGAAUGCCUUCUUCCCUGAUGUCAAAUGCUGUGAAGAUUGCGCCAAUCGGGAAAGAUAACAACUGGUCUAAAUACGAUAAAGUAUUCUCAAACAACAACCAGCCCCAUGGUGCUGCAUUUCAGCAUUCCCAUUCAUACCAAGAUCACAAAAAUGAACAUUUGAGUUCAAGCCCUGGGACUUUAACAGGGCCUGAGUUUCUAUGGGGCAGUCCAAAGCCUUAUUCUGAACAUUCUCAAUCCCCUAUUUGGCGUCCACCAGCAAUUGGUCAUGCAACACCAUCUAAUAGCCGCUCUCAGGGGCAAGGAUUAUUGUAUGGUGGCCGUCAGGCUUCACUCUUUGGGUCUCAAGAUCAGCACCCUCUUCAUCAUGUUGGCUCUGCCCCUUCAGGUGCUCCGUUUGAGAGUAAGUUUGGAUUUUUUCCUGAAUCACCAGAGACAUCUUAUAUGAAUCAAGUGAGGUUUGGGAACAUUGGGAGUGGCCGCAAUGGAGCUGGCCUUAUGCUGAACAUGGCUGCUCGUGCUUCUGUAAAUCCUGUUUCUGCUUUAAGUGGAAGCAUGCCAGACAAUAACUCUAGUAGCUUUAGACCAAUACUGUCACCUAGAUUGGGACAGUCAUUUUACGGAAAUCCCACAUAUCAAGGGCUUGGCUCUUUUGGACUUGAUAACUCCAUUGAACGUGGUCGUAAUCGCCGAGUUGACAGCAGUGUGUUUCAACCUGAUAGCAAGAAGCAGUACCAACUUGAUUUGGAGAGUAUCCGUAAAGGUGAUGAUACUCGGACUACAUUGAUGAUAAAAAACAUUCCAAACAAGUACACUUCUAAGAUGCUUUUGGCCGCAAUUGAUGAGUUUCAUAAAGGAACCUAUGACUUUUUCUACCUGCCAAUUGAUUUCAAGAACAAAUGCAAUGUUGGCUACGCUUUCAUUAACAUGGUAUCACCUGUGCACAUUGUCUCGUUCUACCAGGCGUUCAAUGGGAAGAAAUGGGAAAAAUUCAACAGUGAAAAGGUAGCGUCCUUGGCCUAUGCUAGGAUUCAGGGAAGGACUGCACUCAUUUCACAUUUCCAGAAUUCAAGUUUAAUGAAUGAGGAUAAGAGAUGCCGCCCCAUUCUUUUUCAUUCUAAUGGGCCAGAGGCUGGAAACCAGGAACCAUUUCCCAUUAACGGCAUAUGCAUCCAUAUGCCACUGGAAGACGGAACAAUUGAAAGCGUGGAUUGCCUUGGCUAUGAAGACGACACUAUUCAGAACGUUAAGACAGCAGGAGAUAACUCCAUGACAGGGAGUAUGUAGGCUAUGACUAUACUCGGAGUCGCCGAUACGGUGCUAAAUCUUAACUGCCUAGAGAAGAGUUUUCCAUCCCAAAGUGUAUAAAAGUGAGGACGAUUGGUUAGCCGUGAAGUUUGUGGUUGGUGUGGUAUGGCGCAUCUAGGUUUUAUGGAAAUUGAUGUCGCCCCCUGAAGGAAACAAAUAUUGAAUUGGCGUUGGAGUUGGAGCAGGCUGUGUCCCUCUCCAUGUCUUCCUUUCAAGCUUCAACCCCCUCUGUACAGAUAGAUGCGGGGAGUUGAUAAUUGGUCGCAUUUGAUUUUGGUGUAAAAAGAGACGGGACUGGUCAAAUUGUACAGCUGAAGACUUUAAUUCUCUAUGUUUUAGGAGACUUGAUAACUCUCUCUGUUACUGUGUGAACUAAGACUCGAAACUGGGCUUCCACCUUCCAAUCGAAAAACUAAAACCUUUUUUAUCUGCCGUUCCCUUGUA